GUAGAUUUUAGUUGUGUUGUGCGGUGAAAUGAACUUCAUCGUCCGUUCGAUACCUUGACUUUCUUUUUUUUUCACUCAAUACAAAUCGUUGCGAGGCAUUGAUAAUCAAGCUUGAAUUUACAAACAAUUUCGUUUUGACUGCAAAUGUGAUUAAUUGGGUGAUAUUUCCAAAAUGUUUAAAGAAAUCGCCGCACAAACGAGGUCAUUCAUUCGGUGAAAAAUCGUAUGCAAACAAAGAAGCUACUGAAACAGAAUUUUCAAGUUUUUUUUUUUUAAACUUCGUUCUAAUCAAAUGUAACUUUUUCAGUGCUGUGCUGAAGUGAGAAAAAAAGGUGUAAAAAUAACUUUUUGUUUAUUUCGGUGUCUUGUGAGUUGUUGAGCUUGUUGUUACUGUUUCGCAAAACCAACCGAAUUUCCAUUUAUAUUUUUACGCGAUACACCACAAUUAUGAGAGAGAAUCAAGUGUUUUGUUCUGGGAUGUUUUAAGUGUUGUGAAAAUCGAUAUUUGAACUUGAAUUUGCAAAGGAAAACAACAUACAUGAAUUGUUGAUUAUGCGAUAUGUGCAGUUAUAUGUGUAUCGUCUAGCAGAAUUUUAACGCUCAAGUUAAACAUAGUUUUGAUAACAGAUAACCAUCAUUGCCAAGCAGUCGCUGAUAAGUGUUUUAUCAUGAAAUUGGAUAAAAUCGUAGCAUGGUAUCAGAAGAAAAUCAGCACAUACGACAAACAACAAUGGGAAAAGACGGUAGAACAGCGUAUAUUAAGCGGAUUCAUUCAUGUUCCGCUGAAAAAUACAAAACUAAAAACUGAGCUGAUAGAUGUAGAUCUAGUACGAGGUUCAUCAUUUCCUAAAGCUAAGCCAAAACAGACUUUAUUGACUGUGCUACGGUUAGCUGUGUUACGAUUAUUUUUGUUACCUAUCUAUGCUCGGUGGUGGGUGGAGCAGACAUCGCCGAAAAUAUUCAUUUUUCUCCUUGCUUUGUAUGUUCUCCAACUGUUCAAUUGGGGCAUAUACAGCUACAACAUUCAUCGAACCGAUUUUGAGGCAGAGCAUAUUGUAUCUAUAACAGAUCUAAUCAUUCCAAAUGCGUUGAGCUUACUGCUAUCUAUCAUUCACUCACAAAUUGUGGCGACUGCCUGCACUAGAAGUACGAAUAAUAAGGGGAAACCAUCGUUGCAUCCAAGAAAGACGAAACGUGGUAGAGAUAGACGACGGCGGAAGUUGACGAGGGUUCGUUCCAACUACGACGCGAAAUCCAACAUAAGCAAUGAUGUUGUGGACGUGUCCGUACCCUUUAGCACCGUUUUUGGGCUGAAACAAAACUUUAAAUUAAUCAACUUGAGCAACCAAUCGUUGAACAUAAAUCCUAGUAAUGAAAAGACUAUGCAAAUUGGAUCUGAUGAAUUAGCUGUAAGCCGUAGCACCCACGAAUUGGCAGCAACCGAAUCGGUGGAUGUUACACAAAUGAAAUGUGAUACGAGUAAUAUUCAACGAAUAAGUUCCACCGAAUCUCCAACAGGACUGAGAAAGCGAAAUGUUAACUGGAAUGUGCCGAUUCGAAGCCGUUCGUUAACAAACAAGCAAAUGGUUGGAGAGAAAUUCGGUCAGCCUCAAGUCAACAGUUAUGAUUUGAAUGCAUCGAAAUUAGAUGAAGGUAAAGAGGAACCGCAAGUUGUUCAACCGGAUGAAGUUGGACAAUUAGCUGGAAUUGUGGAUGAGACUAUUCGAAGAGAACCGGCUGUGGAUGACGACGGUUUUGAAAGUUUAAAUGGGAAAAGUUCUAGUGGUGAAGACAAUGCAGUAACAUCGACGGUAUUGUUAAGUGAAGUAACAGGAGAGUCAUCAAGGAACAUCUCGAAUGUAGAUUCAAAGGACAUCUCUGAUGUCUGCCCAGUAGCAUCCGAUACUUCUGUGCCCAGCCAAAGUCAAUCAGUGAAGAAACUAAGCAGUGAAGUAGUUAAUGACGACGCAAACAUCCCCAUCCAGAAAACGAGUCCUAAACCUCUCCAUUUGGACAUACAAAUGCCCGAUAAAUUUACAAAUUUCAAAAAGAAUCGUACGGCCAGUGUCAAUGAUAGCACGGAUACUGAUGAAGAAGGCGACGAUGACAUCCUCUCUUCUCCAACGAAUCCACAAUUGACCGAGGCUACUACAUCGGCAACCGAAUGGCUCGGAAUUACAACGAACAGUGAAGAGUGUUCGUACAGUUCGGAAUACGAUCAUUCGGAUUCGCAACUGGACCAAUCGGAAAACGGCGGAGAAUUUGACUUUGCACCGGCGUACCUACUGAAUCCGGGCGGUACAGGUGACAGAAUCAGCUGCACCAUAUGGCACCGCAAGGAAACGAAAAAGGCCGAGAUGUCGGUGCUGGAUAUUUCAUCGGCCAUCAUAGACAAUGUUGAAGCUAUGCCAGAGACGUGCGAUUACGUUUAUAUUGGUCUCACAUUCAGCAUUUUGUUAUCGUUGGUUCCUGCGUUCUGUCGGCUUUGUGAGGCUGCGCUCACUUCGACAAACUCAUCUGAAAUAAAUAUCCUCGACAUCCCUGUGAUUGUGUUCGAGAAGGCAUCGUUUUCGUGCAUUACCAUCAUGAAAUUUGCAUUUGGCGAUCAAAUUUGGGAGAAAUUGAUUUUGAUCAUCGGUUUUGUGCUGCGAUUCUGUCUGACUUUUCUGUACUUCUUUCUGCUAGCCGUGGCCGAGCGCACUUUCAAGCAGAGAUUCUUGUAUGCGAAGCUGUUCUCACAUCUGACGUCUAGCCGGCGAGCGAAGAAAUCGGAAGUGCCGCACUUUCGUUUGAACAAAGUUCGAAACAUUAAAAUUUGGCUCAGCGUACGAUCUUAUUUGAAGAGACGCGGACCACAACGAUCUGUCGAUGUCAUUGUUUCAGCCGCAUUCAUUUUGGCUCUUCUGUUUCUUGGAUUUUUAAGCGCCGAAUGGCUUAACGAUUCCGUUCAGUUGCACUCGCAAUACAACUUGGAGGCACUGAUUUGGUCGUGUGCUCUGGGUUGUUUUCUGAUGCGAUUUAUGACACUGGGAACGAAAAUCAAUCGAAAAUAUCGCAGCAUUUCUGUCCUAAUUACAGAGCAAAUCAAUUUGUAUCUUCAGAUUGAACAGAAGCCGCACAAGAAAGAUGAAUUGAUGGUGUCGAACAGUGUACUGAAAUUGGCCGCCGAUUUGUUGAAGGAACUCGAAUCACCGUUCAAAAUAUCCGGACUCAAUGCCAAUCCAUACCUGUAUACAACGGUCAAAGUUGUAAUCCUGUCCGCGUUAUCCGGUGUUCUCAGUGAAAUGUUAGGUUUUAAACUGAAAUUACACAAAAUUCAGAUAAAAUAGAAUUACGCAACUCGGUCGGCUAUGAAUUUAUCGCAUGUGACGAGAUUUAUUGGAAUUUUGAAAUAAAUUGGACUGUGGAACACUGAGACCGCAUCGAGUUGUCGAUUCAUUUUUUUUUAAAUAUUGUCAGUUGAUUCGAUGAUUGGAACAUAAACUUUAUUCUGGUCGGUAGGUUUCGGCUUCGUCUGCUCAAGAUGCUAUGUGUCAGUUUGAUUUGGUGUGACGAAAUUUUGCUUUACUUGCAUUCUUAAAGUCCAGUUAAAGUGUCUAGAGUCAUUGUGGUCUUAUGACACGUUCGCCUUUUACAUCUCCUUCAACUAUUUUGUUUCAUUUCAUUUGAAUAUACCAGAAUGAUCAGAAUGUAAAGUGGCUACAGACGCCAUAUUUGCAUUGACGACUGUAACGAAUUUUAAGGGCAUCGGUGCGAUAAGUCUCCUAGGGUUGCUCCUCUUAUUUCUGGCCUCGGUUACUACUAGGUUUUUCCGAUGCUAAUUACUGUGUUAGAAGAUAACACUGGAACUUGUUAGGAGAAAUGAGAACAAUAAAGUGUCUUUCGUCUAGUCACAGGAGCCCUGGCUCCCCGAGGUCCAUGAUAACUUGGUAUUUUUAGCCCAGCCUAACUUUGCUUUGUGGAGCCAAAUAUAGUAUCACAAGGACACCAGUACUAGUAAGAGACACCAAAAAUAGAGGACCAAAGUUAUCUGUUAGCACAGUGACUAGCAUCGGAAAACGCUGCAAGUUACCGAGCCUAGAAAUAUAUGUAGAAAGCUUUCGUGAGACCAAAAACUUCGGAUAUUUUAAACUGUCGAAGCCAACAACUACCUAAUCUCGUCAACCUUUCGCAGACAUAUCGAUGAGGAUAGUUAUCGAGUCUGUAACUUCAGUUGAUCUAACAACAAAUUUUAAGGUUCCGUAGUCCAAUUUACACAACAAAAAUCAUCCAAAUAAAAUUCUCUGAAAAUGUCCAGUAGUUGUUCCGACAGCUGUGAGGGUAAUAUAAAAUUUAAGUAACAAGUACCUUAGUAAAUGUACCUAGUACCGAUUUAACGUAAAACGAAACACAUAAACAAACAUCCUGUAAAUCUAUAUAUAUAUUCUUCUACACGUUUCCAAAGUAAAAUUCUUAGUCCAUUUGUACCGCCGCGCCGCAAUAAUCAAUUUUUAGAAUAAAAUUUCAUUCAUUUCGGUAGAUCUUGUUUUCGGUAAUUUAUUUUUCUUCCUUUCUUAGACUUGUUUUUAUGUAAGAACGGUUCAGUUUUGCACAAUUUUUGCGACUUCCGUUUUCGUCGUUUUAUUGUUAUUUAAAAGUAUUUUCUUAACUUAAACACAAACUCACGAAACUCAAGUGAAUAAAUGAAUUUUCCAUCGUUUAUAUAUUAGGACAGAUUCGUUUAAUCAUAACAAAAAUACGUAUUAGACGCCCAUCAGGCACAGUGGCAAAGUGCUAAUAUAUAUAAUUGAUAAUGUAGAACCCGUCACUAAAAGUUUUAGUCUAAAACCUUUUCGAAUCGGCAGAAAAUUUAGCUAAUUUGUAAUUUGACUGGAUUAGUGUUACUGUAGUAUUUGAUUGUGGUUAAUGUAAUAUAUUGAGUUCAAUUCGCUUUACGUUUUAUUGAAUCAAACAACAAAUAAAUGAAUAAAAACGAUUAAAAUGA